CUCUGUUUUGUGUCAGAUUGUGACGCGCGGCUGCGAGACCACAGAAAUGACCCUGCGCAGGAACGGCCUCGGGCAGCUGGGCUUCCAUGUGAACUUUGAGGGCAUCGUGGCGGAUGUGGAGCCGUUCGGGUACGCCUGGAAGGCUGGUCUGCGGCAGGGCAGUCGGCUAGUGGAGAUCUGCAAGGUGGCAGUGGCGACGCUCACCCACGAACAGAUGAUCGACCUUCUAAGGACAUCCAUCUCUGUUAAGGUGGUGAUCAUCCAGCCGUACGAGGACGGAGCUCCUAGGAGGGGUUGUUCGGAGCUUUACCGUAUCCCCAUGGUGGAGUAUAAGCUGGACAGUGAAGGAACUCCCUGCGAGUACAAGACGCCCUUUAAGAGGAACACCACGUGGCAUCGUGUGCCCAGCAGCGGGCAGGCUGUUCCCCGCGGGUCUCCCACACAGGGGCCCGAACGCCCGGCUGGCCAGCAGCUCCAGAGUGGGCAGAGUGGCAUCCCGCGCAGCACCUCCUUUGACAGAAAACUGCCCGACGGACACAGGAAUGUUCAGGAUGUAGAAAACCCUCAGAUGUCGUCAUGUAGCAAAACAGAGGCGUCUCAACAUUACCGCAGUUCACCCAGUAACCAGUCGUCCUCCAGUGAUCCCGGACCCUGCGGCAGCGCCAGCUGGAGCCAGCAGCAUCCACCAUACGAUGGGUGUCAGUCUCCUGUUCUCCACGAGCGCUCAGCUGAAGCCCAGGGCAUGAUGGGAGAUGGAGAGAUGCUAAGAGAGAGAGAGCCCACACUGGAGAGAACACGCUCCGCAGAGGCAAAGUGGCACGUUCCCUCAACCAAGAUCCUCAACUCUCUGAAGGAAAGAGGAAAGGAUUCGCCAAACAAGUUGACGCGGCAGGGCGGCGAUAAAAACUCCAGCCACUCCAGCAGCAACACUCUGUCCAGCAACGCCUCCAGCAGUAACAGUGAUGAGAAGCACUUCGGCUCCGGUGACCUGAUGGAUCCUGAGAUGCUGGGUCUCACCUACAUUAAAGGAGCGUCCACAGACAGCGGGAUUGACACUGCUCCCUGCAGCAUGACUCCAGGGGGCGCCGGUGCUCCAGCGUCCCGCGUCAUGCUGCAGGGCCGGGGCGCGUCUGAUCCGGGCCACCCCUGGACGCCCGAGCUGACAGAAGAAGGGCCUACAGAAGAGGACCACAACAGGUUAUACCUUCCCCAAAGCUACGCCGCGGAUCUGGCCACCGGACACAACCCUGCAGAUGGCAGUAUGGGAGACCUGAGCGAGAUUUCCUCUCAUUCUAGUGGCUCCCACCACUCCGGCAGCCCGUUACCCCACAGCUCUCAGAUCACAUCCCGUGCUGAAUGCCCGGAAGCCCAGAGCGCCCCCUACAGUAGCCAGGAUCCCGGGCCCAGCAUUGACCUGCACACACACAGCCAACAUAAGAGGACAGAUGACAAACCCAUCCCGGACGAGCCCCCCAUUCAGUCAGAGUAUGGUGGAGCCGAGAGCUUGUUGUGUUUCCUUCUCAAGGCUCUGUCCGAGCGCUCCAGGCAGCUGUAUGCCGCUGAGACGUCAUGUCGACUGCAGGACAGAGGACGAGACAAGCUGAAGGACGCAGCACUGAAGCCGAGUGUGUCCAAAGAGGAGUACUUGAAGAUGAUGGAGCCGCAGAGCCCAGCGGGAGAGAGGAAGGCAUCAGCAGUGGGUAGCGUUUCCCCUCGGCGUUCACUGUAUCGCACACUGUCAGACGAGAGUGUGUGCAGCAGCAACAAAAAGGGCUCGUCGUAUGCUAGCUCACGAAGCUCCAUGCUGGACCAGGCCAUGCCAAACGACAUCCUGUUCAGCAGCACUCCAGCCUACCACAGCACACUACCCCCCCGCAUCAGCCUCAGCCAAACCACAUCCAACCUCAAGAAUGAGUUCUGGUUCUCUGACGGCUCUCUCGCCGACCGGGCCAAGUUCAGUGACCCGGGCCUCAUGCCUCUGCCAGACACGGCCAGCGGACUCGACUGGUCACACCUCGUGGAUGCAGCCAGAGCCUUCGAAGACCAGCGUGUGGCCUCGUUCUGCACCAUGACAGACAUGCAGAGAGCAGAAGCGCUGCAGAUUUCUCGAGAACUCACCAGACGUGUGGCGGCGGCUGAAGGAGCAGCGCUGGAGUCUGGAGAUACGUCUCCUGCCACAUUGACUGGCAAAGUCAACCAGCUGGAGGUGAUCCUGAGACAGCUGCAGUACGACCUCAAGAAGGAGAAGGAGGAUAAGGCGAUCCUGCAGGUGGAGGUGCAGCAUCUGCGUCAGGAUAACAUGCGUCUGCAGGAGGAGAGUCAGACAGCCGCUGCGCAGCUCCGCAAGUUCACUGACUGGUUCUUCCACACCAUCGACAAGAAGCCUUGAUGGAGACCCAGAAUAUCAGCCGUAUCUGUGGAAUGUAAGUACAGACUGGAGAAUGUGCUAAACCGGGAUCCUGGAGGCGGAUUAUGAAUGUAGCGCUGCAAGACUUUCAUCUUCUGCCUCCGUCAUAUAAAGCGGUACCUUCUUCACUCUCCUCACGUCCGCAGUUUUAGUGUCCCGAAUCCGCAAUAAUCCGUGGCAGAAACGCUGGUUGUUGCGCCGAGAGCCUCCGGUUAAUGGUUGUGUAUUUAACACUGUUAUUUAAGCUUAUUUAACCUGAUUUUCUGGACUGCAUCAGGCUCGUUGAAGGCCUUACUGUGACGGCUGUAGUCUGCGUCUGAAAUCAGAGAUGUUUUGAUUGAUUAUUGAUGAGGAUUUUGUGUCUGGUCUCCCUCAUUCCAACAUUUGGAUGCUGCUAGAUCAACACGUCGAUGGUUUCUACGCUUUUACAAGAUGUGUUUCUCUGUAAAUGGGUUUCAUGUAAAGAUGCGACGUUGAUUGGUUGGUUGCUUCUUUUUUUUUUUUAAUAAAUGUAGUAUGUAAAACGA